CAGUGGAGGAUAAAGAAAUUACAAAGGUAUGGCCGUGAAUAGUCUCGAUCUAAUUUCCCUCACUACUGGCAAGCUUUCUGCUGACGCGGUCUCUGAAUCUGUAACGUGUGCUUCUUGUGGUGCUAUAUCUUUGUUUAUUGGAACUACAAGAGAUAAUUUCGAGGGGAAGAAAGUCAUACGGCUGGAAUAUGAAGCGUACGUUCCAAUGGCAGAAUUGGAACUCAAGAAAAUCUGCAGUGACAUCAGAACAAAAUGGCCGAGCGUCAGGCACAUUAAUAUACAACACAGAUUGGGUGUGGUUCCAGUAACAGAAGCAAGUGUUAUCAUUGGGAUCUCCUCACCACACAGAAGUGAAUCACUGGAGGCGGUGAAGUUUUGCAUCGACAUACUCAAAGCUACCGUGCCAAUAUGGAAAAAGGAAAUAUACGAGUCCGGGGAGCCUUGUUGGAAAGAGAACAAGGAGUGUUUGUGGGCAGAUGGUGGAAAAGAUCCCAACGGCUAACAAGCAAAUGAUCUACAGUACAUCUCAUUAAGCAUCAAGAAGUUUUUAUUGAAAAAAUACACAGCCUAAAAAAGUUUUGUAACAUUUUUUCAUUAAAAAAACAUUUUGAUACAAAUAAUUCAUAUUACUUAUCUCUUAAAAACAAGCACUAAAAGGUACCAGUGCAAAAGACAACAUGUAAACAACAUGUGAACAAAUCUCUUAUUUUCCCAUCACACCAUCAGAAUUCAUGUGCGAUAUUAUUUGGUUUAUAUAUAAACAUUCAACAUCAUACAUUUAUAAUUCUUUACAGAUCAGUAGUUCAUGUACAUUUAUAUAUAUAUAUAUAUAUAACUAUUUACAAAUGUAACAGUUUGACAUAGCGACCCUGCAGCGGAAAAGCUGGUUUGAAAAACAGAUGGAUGAGUAGUAUUAUGUUACAGUACAACAAACAAACAUUAUGUUUUUAUGAAGUGUGGCCAUUUGCUGAGGACCCUCAGCAUAAUUUUUUAUUACUACUUUGAAAAGUUGUGCAAGUGGGCGCUUGUAAACAACAUCUGUACAGCUGUCACCAUCACAUUUUGUUUCAUUAGUGCAGUGUCACAAACAGAUUGCCCCACCCCGAAUGUUGCAGUGUUGUGUAGUUAUACAGUAUUCACACAGUAUUUUAACACAGAAAAAUUACAUCACCUUUAAGUUUGUAAAUUAAUUUAACAUAGGAAAUAAGUCCGUAAAGUGAUGAAAUGUGACUUAAAAUGAAAAUGAUGAAAUUACCCUGUGACUUAAAGUUACUCAUUUAAAUAUACAGUAACACUUAACUUGAAAGGGUGUUUAAAAGACUGACCAUGAGCAUGAAGGAGAUAUUAUGCAAGUUUUUGACAACUGUCAUUAAGUGUCAUUUGUUCAAUUAUGUCAUUUUAAAUGCAAAGAUGACAUUGUUUAAGAUGUCUUCGUUAUGACAACUUGACAUUAACCAAGACAACAUAACUGACCACUUUUGACCAGUGAUACAAAUUGAAUUUGUUAUUAAAAUGUCAUUAAGUGUUAAUACUGUGUCAUAUAGUUUUAUAACAGCGUCAUGAAUAUUUUUUUUGUCCUCAACUACAGUGGUACAAAUAUUAUUUGUCAUUUAAAUGUCAUUAAGUGUUAAUACUCCGUCAAAUAGUUUU